AUGUUUACCAUUCUCCUCUUGGCCGCCCUCGCGGCCGCGUCCCCCAUCAAAACCAAGCGCGCCCAGAAGACAUGGGGCCUCUUCCAGACCACCAUGGGCGAAGACUUUUACCGCGACUUUGACUUUGUCACCUUUGACGAUCCGACAAAGGGCAAGACCAACUACGUCGACCAGGAUACUGCUCGGAACCGCGGGUUGGCAUGGACUCGCGGUAACCAGUUCGGUAUGACUUGCGACACUUCCAGUAUUGUGCCCAACGACACGUCCGUGCGCGGACGCGACUCUGUGCGCAUCCACUCCAAGGGUUGGUACGGCGAGGUGCUCGUCGUCGCUGACAUUGCACACAUGCCCACUGGAUGUGGCACCUGGCCCGCCUACUGGACAAACGGGUACGGGCCCUGGCCGGCUGGCGGCGAAUUUGACAUUAUCGAAGGCACCAACGGGGGCUGGGGAAACCGCAUCACCCUCCACACCGACACCGACAAGUGCAGCAUCCCAAAGACCAAGGUCCCUGGCAUGAGCGAUUUCUCGGGUGACGUGAAGAUAUCGAACUGCUUCGGUGGACCCGGGUGCAGCAUUCAGGACCCCAACCCCAAGGCGUGGGCUGCGCCGUUCAACGCCAACGGAGGAGGAUGGUACGUCAUGCGCCGCAACCGCGGCGGGUACGCCGUGUGGUUCUACGAGCGCAAUGGCAACGUUCCCGACGCGAUCAAGAAUGGGUGGGGCACCGUCGACGAGGAUGCUCUUGGCCUCAAGGUCGCCGACUUCCCCUUCUGGAAUGGCAUUGCUGGCGAUGGAUGUGACUUUAGCCAAGAGUUUACCGACCACCAGAUCAUUUUCAACAUUGCCAUGGGUGGACAGUGGGCCGAAGCAAACUACAAGAACCAGGGCUGCGAAAGCCAAGGCUCGAUCUAUGACCUUAUCCUCAACCAACCCGAAAAGCUCACCGAGGCGUACUUCCUCAUCAACAGCCUGAGGAUCUAUGGUCCUGAUGGCGACGCUGCUGCCACCCCGGACGCUGCCGCUGCGGCGGCGGCACAGGCGACUGGCGCCGUCCAGCCCCCUCCAGCCGACACUCCAGCAGCCACGGUGAACAGCUCGCCUGCAGACGCGAACCCCACAUCGUCCUCAACCUCGACCAUGACAUCGACUGUCACCGCCCCAGCCCAGCCUACGCAGCCAGCCCCACAGUCCACCACCGAGCCGGCCCUAGGCGGCGCUGGUCCACCUGCCCCUGUUGACGACAACAGCGGCGACGAUGGCGACGACAGCGGAGACAGCGGAGACAGCGGCGACAGCGGAGACAGCGGUGACGACAGCGGCGACAAUAUCGACAACAGCGACAACAGCGACAACCGCAGUGACGACGGUGGCUGGCGUGGGUACUGGAACUGGCACUGGCACAAGUAG